UUUACUCAAGUCUCGCCUUGCAAUUACAUCGCGAUGGCUCCACAGAUCUGGCUCAUUACCGGUACUUCAUCGGGCUUUGGUUCACAGUUUGUAAAAGAAGUGAUCGCGCGCGGUGACAAGGUAAUUGCGACCGCACGGAAUGUAGAACGAAUCACUCAUAUGAGAGACCUCGGUGCCGCGACUCUACAGUUAGAUGUGACUGCAUCUCAGGACGAGCUCAAUCGCAAAGCCGAGGAGGCUAUCUCCAUUUUUGGAAGGGUUGACAUACUGGUGAACAAUGCUGGAUAUACCCAGUUCGGACUACUUGAAGAGAACAGCCAUGACCAGUGGUUCAGCCAAUUUAACACCAAUGUCUUCGGAACUUUGAACACCACUCGGGCUUUCCUACCGCACCUGCGAGGUAACAAGGCUGGCGUAGUGGUCUUCGUCGGCUCGAUGGUUGCUUGGGACGGUUUGCCAGCCGUCGGGGCCUACUGUGCCUCGAAGGCUGCGAUCCACUACGCUGCAGAGUCUCUAUCUAAGGAGCUAGAACCAAUUGGAAUCAAAACGCUUAUCGUUGAACCGGGCGCCUUCCGCACGGAGCUUCUCAACCAGGCCUCGAGCAGCAGAUCCAUCUCCAAGCUUGAAGACUAUCGAGUCAUUUCGCAGGUUGUAUCCAAGAGUUUUGACGAUUUUAACGGAAACCAGCCCGGCAAUACUGUGAAAGGCGUCCAACGCAUUGUGGACGUUGUGAAAGGAGAGAACGAAGCCACCGGCAAGCCAUGGCCGAGUUCGUUGCCGUUGGGGUCCGACGCAGUUUCCGUUAUUCGCAAGAAAUGCGAGCAAACACUCAAUGAAUUGGAAGCAUGGGAGGACUUUGCCAAGUCGACGGAUAUUUAGACUUCUUCCAUGUUGUACAUAGUAUCCGUGACUCCUUGCCGGGCUCUCGGCUUCCCGGGGCUUUUAUGACUCCUUGCAUCCUACGGCGGAAUCCCCCACUUUCC